UCUAAUAAAAUUAAAAUGAAAUUGCCACUUCUUCCACGUUCAAUUUUAAUUUUGUUUUCUCAUAUAUUAAUUUCUCCCAACGGUCCAUUCAAUGGAAGAAAUGGUCGCCAAUGUUUACUUGUCAACGCUUCCAUUUCACUUUCAAAAACCCUAAAACCUCUGACAAUCGAUCAUCACUCAUCAAUUUUUAUGCAAACAGAGAGAAUUGAAAACGACGUAGUACAGUGUUUUAUGGCGGUGAUGGAGAUGGUGAUGAUCGUCGGUUCGGCACUUGAGUUCUUAGUGCCGUCAUGGUGGGAGGUUAAAGUGACGGUUGCUGCCGCCGUUUUUGUCAUAAGUUCGUUUUGGUACUUCUCGUGGAGUGGCGGCGGCGGUGAUCGAUCGCAACAGCAGAUUCUGGAGAAUUCCGGUGGGGAUGAUGAUAAAUACAAGAUGGGCCAGUUGAAAGGAGAUUCUCAGGGCAAUUCUGCAUAUUUAAUUAAGUUGGAAUUGUUGGCAGCUAAGAAUCUGAUUGGUGCAAAUUUAAAUGGAACUUCAGAUCCUUAUGCUAUCAUUACCUGUGGUUCAGAAAAGCGAUUCAGCUCAAUGGUCCCCGGCUCAAGGAAUCCCAUGUGGGGAGAAGAGUUCAAUUUUUCGGUUGAUGAGCUUCCUGUCCAGAUUCAAGUAACAAUCUAUGAUUGGGAUAUAGUUUGGAAAAGCACUAUUCUGGGCUCGGUAACAGUUCCAGUUGAAAGUGAAGGUCAAACUGGUGCAGUAUGGUACACUCUAGAUAGCCCAUCUGGGCAGGUCUGUCUCCAUAUUAAAACAAUUAAGCUCUCUGUAAAUUCUUCCAGGGGCGUGAAUGGAUAUGCUGGAGCUAAUACUCGAAGAAGGAUUUCUAUAGAUAAACAAGGCCCUACAGUGGUUUAUCAGAAACCUGGGGCUCUGCAAACAAUAUUUAACCUCCCUGCAGAUGAGAUUGCUGAACGCAGUUAUUCAUGUGCGCUUGAGCGGUCAUUCUUAUAUCAUGGCCGCAUGUAUGUUUCUGCGUGGCACAUAUGCUUUCAUUCCAAUGUGUUCUCUAAGCAAAUGAAGGUGAUUGUACCUUUAGGAGAUAUAGAUGAGAUACGAAGAAGUCAGCAUGCGUUCAUCAAUCCUUCCAUAACAAUUAUACUUCGGAUGGGUGCUGGCGGUCAUGGCGUGCCUCCGUUAGGGAGUCCUGAUGGUAGGGUCAGGUAUAAAUUUGCAUCCUUUUGGAACAGGAAUCAUGCAUUAAGAGUUCUACAGCGUGCAGCAAAGAACUACCAUGCUAUGUUAGAGGUUGAAAAGAAGGAGAGAGUAGAAUCAGCAUUGCGUGCUCAUAGUAGCUCCACUAGAGGCAACAUCAAGAUUCCUGAUGAUAUUGUGACGAAAGUUGAAAAGCAUCAAGUUUUUAUCAAGGAAGAGGCUCUUGUUGGUAUACAUAAUGAUGCAUUUCCUUGUGCAGCAGAACAGUUUUUUAAUAUAUUAUUAAAUGACGACUCGAAGUUUACAAAUGAAUAUCGUGCAGCUAGAAAGGAUACCAAUCUCAUUAUAGGACAGUGGCAUGCUGCUGAUGAAUAUGACGGUCAAGUGAGAGAAAUAACAUUCAGAUGCAUAUGUCAUAGUCCCAUGUGUCCACCAGACACAGCAAUGACUGAAUAUCAGCAUUAUGUAUUAUCAGCAGAUAAGAAAAUUCUUGUAUUUGAAACAGUACAACAGGCUCAUGAUGUUCCGUUUGGGUCCUAUUUUGAGGUUCAUUGUCGCUGGUCGGUGGAAACGAAUGGUGAAAAUUCCUCAAUAUUAGACAUUAAAGUGGGUGCACAUUUCAAGAAAUGGUGUGUAAUGCAAUCCAAAAUUAAGGCGGGGGCAAUUAAUGAGGUUGGUGCAUAUCUUAUGAUUAAGAUACAAGAAAGAGAUGGAGUUGAUGCUCGAAACAGCGCGAACUUAUAUCAAAUCACAUAAUACGAGUAGUGAGGAUGACAAGCUCUCUUCCUUCAUUGUAACACAAGAUACCAGAGUCGAUUACACCAACAUUCCAAAUUAAUUUUUUUCAUUAUAUAUAGAGUAAAUGUUAUUGUAUCAAUGUCUUUUGUUUUGUUUUUUUAUAUUUAAAAGCCACGUUCCUUUUUGGUGGCAAUAGGUGUAAAUUUUGUGUUAUUUGUAAACUUCACCCUCUCUCUUUAAGAGAAUCAGUGGUGAGUGUUCUUGUAUGUUUAUCAUGUAAUUUAUUCAAUUUAAAGCAGAUAUCAAUUUGUUAUACAAUACGACUACCAUUAUUUGCUUCAGCAAAA